AUGACGUUUUAUCUGUUGCUAAGCGUCUGUAUGACGUUUCUUUCAGUCUCCUCGCAAGAACUAGAAGACUUUUGUCAACCGUCUGACGUCUUGUGGCUCUGGACCGGUGCAUUAACGUCUCGGUCCAUUAGUUUCAAAUUUGGGUUACGUGAGGGUUACACUUGUGCAGAUUCAGACUUUAUAUUGUACGCGUUUCCAGAGUUAUUGGAGGGAGAGAAAGCUCAUUCUGCUAUUGCUACAUGUAGAGGAGUCGAUGGGGGAGAAGAGGGGUACGGAGAGAAGAGAAGUGCAUCGUCCUUUGAGAUACCAAACGUCAAGGAGUGUAACCUUUUAAACCUUCCACAUAGUGAUAGAAAAUAUCGCUAUGAAUUGACGUUACUCAGAUCUGGAGAAACGAUAAGAAGCGGGAGCUUUACGACACCGAAAACAGAAGGAAGUUCGUUUGAUUAUCGAGUGGCAUUUGGUUCCUGUGCUGAUGAAUUAUCCGACCCAAAGGUUUUUGAGCAGAUUAAGAAAGAGCAUGCUCUCUUAUUCAUACAUACGGGGGAUCUGCACUACCAUAAUCUGGCAGUAAACGAUGUCGCGGCAUUUCGAGAUGGAUACGAUUCGAUCUUGACGUCACCAGCUGGUAAAGCAAUGUUGGAGAUGGACGUACCAUUUGCAUACAUGUGGGAUGACCAUGAUUUUGGUCCUGAUAACAGUGACUCCACCGCUCCAGGUCGAAAUGCGUCGGUGCAAGUUUAUCGAGAGUUUGUACCACACUACCCAUUGGUUGGAGGAAGGUCACGGACAAAUACAAUUCACCAAGCUUUUACAAUUGGCCGUGUGCGAUAUAUUCUUACGGACCUACGCUCUGCUCGAACGCCAAAUACAGCUCCCGCUGCACCGACCAAGACAGUGCUGGGUAAGAAGCAAAAGGCAUGGUUUAAGUCAGAGCUUGUUCGUGCAACGAGCGACCCGGACAUUCGAUUGAUUAUUUGGGUCAAUACCAUGCCGUGGCUAGACAACGAGCGGAAGUGGGGACACUUUGUUCAUGAGCAACAGGAGCUCGUGAAUUUCAUCAAGGCAAAUGGUCUCAAUAAGUGGGUGCCUAUUGUGAUCAUGAGUGGAGACGCACAUAUGCUCGCCGUCGAUGACGGCUCUCAUAGUCCAGGAAACCUAAUAACGCUUCACGCUGCUGCGUUGGGACGCCCUGGGUCUAUCAAAGGAGGUCCUUAUAGUCAUGGUGCUUUUCCUGGUCCAGGUCAGUACGCUGUGAUGGAUGUGACUGACGAAGGUGGCAAGAAUGGCCGUGUCUGCCUUUACUAUCGGGGAAUGAACAUCUACAAAGGCAUGCUGGUCGAGUUUAACACUUGCCACCCGGAGCGUACUCCUGCACUAACGCCGUAUUAUCCACCUCCGAUCCCUGUGCGCAUUAUGUUGCGAAUGUUCAAAAAAGCGAAGAGAUAUACUGGUGUUGCGGCGUUUGUGAUAGCUGCUGUCAUCGUGUUUCUUGUCUACAGAAGCAAGCGUCUGCGUCCUGUCGACACCAAGAAACACAGCUGA